AUGCCUUCUAUUCUGAAGCUCGCCACCGCGGCCCUCGCCGUCGCGGCUCCUCUCGUCUCAGCUCAGACUUACUCCGACUGCAACCCUCUCAAGCAGUCUAACUGCCCUGCUGAUAAGGGCUCCACCGAGUCGACUCUGCACUUCGACUUCACCCAGGAGAGUGCCCUCGACCAGUGGAAGACCACCGCCGGCAAGGUCAACACUGGCUCUGAUGGCGCCGAGUUCACUCUCGCCAAGAAGGGUGACGCCCCGACUAUUCGUAGCAACUUCUACAUCUGGUACGGAGAAAUCUCCGUCGAGAUGAAGUCCGCCCCCGGUACCGGUGUGGUCAGCUCCAUUGUGUUGGAAUCCGACACUCUGGACGAAGUUGACUGGGAAGCGCUUGGCGGCAACAACGCUCAGGUUGAGACCAACUACUUUGGCAAGGGUGACACCACCACCUAUGACCGUGAUACUUGGCCCAAUGUUGCCACCCCCCAUGACACCUUCCACACCUACACCGUCAAGUGGACCAAGGAUCACAUCAUCUGGUCCAUCGAUGGCAAUGAUGUCCGCACUCUCAACAAGGCCGACGCUCAGGGCGGUACUCGCUUCCCCCAGACCCCCAUGGAUAUCCGCAUUGGUAUCUGGGCUGGUGGUGACUCUGGCAAUGGCCAGGGUACCAUUGACUGGGCUGGCGGUGAGACCGACUACUCCCAGGCUCCCUUCUCCAUGUACAUCAAGAGCGUGACCAUCAAGAACGAUAACCCUGCCGAGUCUUACUCUUACAACGGCAACUCCGGCAACGACGACAGCAUCAAGGUCAACGGUGCCGGCGUGACUGCUCGCUCCACCUCCACCUCUUCUACCGUGCCUGCCACUACCUCCACCGAAGCUGCCUCUUCCACCGAGGCCUCCACCGCUCCCACCACCCUGGCCACCACCACCCAGGGCUCUUCUACCGCUCAGUCCACUGAGGCCUCCUCCACUGGAUCCUCCAGCGAGGCUUCCGGUGCUGCCUCCAGCUCCGGUGCUUCCCCCAGCAGCUCUGGUGCCGCCGGCUCCAGCUCUGAGAGCGGCUCCGGCUCUAGCUCCGGCUCUAGCUCCGGCUCUAGCUCCGGCUCUAGCUCCGAGACUGGCUCCAGCUCUUCUGGCUCCAGCUCCGGUUCCAGCACCGCUGGUUCCGGCGCCAGCUCCAGCAGUGCCAGCGCCAGCGCUAGCUCCAGCCCUGCCUUCAACGCGGCUUCCUCCCUUGGUGCUACCUACCUGGGACCCGUGUCCUUCCUGGGCUUGAUCACCGCUAUGCUCCAGCUGUAA